AUGAGCAAUUCCCCUUACAACGCCAAGAUCAAGUCCGUAGAGGCUUUGGACCAGGGCAAGUGGAUCCAGACCAGAAAGAUCAACUGGAUUGAUCCCGCUGGCAAGGAAAGGGUUUGGGAAAUGGCUGUGAGAACGACGAGAACUGAAACUACUGGUUUGGAUGCUGUGUCUAUCUUUGCUCUUCUUAAGAAGAAGGGACAUCCAAGUGACCUUGUGCUUGUUAAGCAAUUCAGACCUCCAUGUGAGAAGGUGGUGAUUGAAAUGCCUGCUGGUCUCAUUGACCCUAAUGAGUCGGUGGAGGCUACUGCUGAGAGAGAGUUGAUUGAAGAGACUGGCUAUCACGGAAAGACAACCAGUGGUUCUCAUAAUAACAUUACCUUGUUUAGUGACCCAGGCCUUACGAACGCUAAUAUGGCUUUAGUCACCGUGGAUGUGGACAUGGAAGAUCCACGUAACCAGAACCCUCAGCCCCAGAACGACGAAGGAGAGUUCAUUGAGGUGUUCACGUUGCCAAUUAACGAUCUUUUGAAGGGACUUGAGGAUGUGUGCAAGAAGGAAGGCUGCGUUGUGGAUGCCAGGUUGUACCACUUUGCUGCUGGAAUUGAUGUGGCCAAAAGGGCCUUUGAGUAG